AUGGACCAGUACCCCUUCGGCGACGAGAACGUGGUUCCUUUGGAGCUGCCUUUCCCUGGGUUUUCCGAAAGCCAGGGGCUGGUCUGUGGCGAGGCUCUCGACCCCGAUCUGUGCCGAAAUGGGAAGGAGGUGUUGCACGCGGGGCUGAGCGGCCUGGACAUGGUGCCUGGCCUUCCAGCUGCGGAUGCGGCCAGCGAUGCUCUGGAGGCCGAUUUAAACGCCUUCUCUCUGUUCCCGGCGAAGGACUGCGGCUCUCCUCAGCUCCUCGAUCAGCACGAGCCCACGCCGACGGGACCGGAGGAGGCUGGAGGAGGAGACAGAUCUGCGGGGAGAGGAAAGCGUCCCCUGGGCUCUCCUCGGAGCUCGCCGCCAGGCUGCAGCCGCUGCGGGAAGGUGUUCGGCAGCGCCAGCGCUCUCAGCAAGCACUGCCUGACGCACAGCCAGAAACGGGAACACGUCUGUACCAUCUGCGGCAGGGCCUUUAAACGCCCGGACCACCUGAGCGGGCACGUGUUGACGCAUCAGAAGAGAAAACCUUUCGUGUGCCCGGAACACGACUGCGGUAAGAGUUACUGUGAUCACCGUUCGCUGCGCCGGCAUUACGAACUGCAGCAUGGCUUGUGCGGCUUGAAGGAGGCUCCCAAGAACGGUGCCGGGGAGGGAUCCCCGCUUCUUCCCGCUCCGUAUAUCCAAGGCAGCGGGAAAUCGGCGGACAGACUGGCCGCGCGCUCAGAGUUGGGCCCUUUCCCGCCCACACGAGACUUGCCGAGGUGCGCUGCGAACAGCUUUGCAAACCAGAAGCUUCCCUUGGCCGCAGAGCAGGCGGCUGCCGCCUUGACGGAUUCCUCUGCAGCCAGCCGGGCCUCUUGCCUUGCAUCCGACAGCAGUGGACUUUCAGAGGCUGCAGGAGGCAAUAUCUCGAAGGAUCGCCUCUCUUGCCAAAAGACUGCCACUUCUUCCAACGUCUGUGCCGUGAGAAAUCCCGGCAAUGCGUCUGUGGCUGCACCGGGCGAGAACGUAAUGAACAAUUUGACCAGUCCGUUUUUUAUUUCGGAAGCCCAGCUCCCCUUGGAGCCCGCGGGGCUGCAGUGCUGUCCCAACGGCGCCCUGCCUUCUUUUCCUGUGUUCCGAGGGCAGAAGCCGGCCACAAACGGGUUGAGCGGUCCCUUUCAGUGGAUACAGAACGUGCCGGUUUGUGCUAAACCCUCAAGGAAUAGCGUCUGCCUUGCUCGCCAGCCACCUCCCGCGGCGCAGGGUUUGUCGGAGGGGUUAGCUGGGCCUUCCCCCACGUUCUCAGCCGCGUACGAGUGUCCGGACGCUUUGUCUUUCCCCGUGGCACCUUUUAAAGCCGAAGAGGAUGCGCCGAGCGAGUCUGCCCUCACUUGUUUUGAGGAAGCCUUUCAGUUGGCGCAAACCCACGACUCCCAGCCAUGGGAGAACGCCGGGGAGUCGAGUUUUCCGGAGGUUCGGAAGGGCGGCGUGCCGCAGAGCGAGACCAGGCAGCUCUUCCCACAGCCGCUGCAGCAGCAGCCCCUCUUCCAGGCCAUCACCGAGUCUCCGCAGGUCCUGUCUCACGCCCAGGUGCUGGCGGCUCCCCAGGCCCCGGCAAACGCCCUCCAAGCGGGGUUUCGGCAGCCCCCCUUGGCCCCCCAGCUUCCACAGCCGACUGAGUACGAAGGGCCUUCCGCGUCCCUCCAAAAGACCGUCCCCCAGUUCCAGGACACUUUGUCGGACGGGGAGAAACGAGGACUGCAGGCAGCACCCGUGGGAUUAAGAGACUCCGCUGUUCCUAGUCGGCUCCAGUAUGGAGUGCCUGGAAGUGCCGUGGGCAGCCACGCUUCCGGGAGGUCGAAUCAGCUCGAAAACAAGGCUUCCGCGUUUAAAAAAGAGAGGAGUAAAGACGGUAGCGUGGAGGCAGGCGGGAAACCGCCGGUGGGUGCUGCCCGCUCUUGGCGUCUGCCUGCCGUCCGCAGGGAGAAGCCGACGUUCGGGCCGAGCCGCGCGGCUCCCCCGAGUCAGGUGGCCAUGGCGUCCUUCUCCUCGGCUCCUGCGGCCGGGGGGACGCGCAGGCUGACCAUUUUCAACAGGAUUCAAGGUGGAAAUAUCUACAGCCUCACCAACGCGGCAAAGGAAGAAAACUUGUCAGCUGGGUGCAGUAAGACCGGUGCCGUGCCGACCGAUGGCAGCAACUGCGAAAGCGGCUUUCUCCACGGGAGCUGCGGCCAGCCGUUUUAUACCGAGAACGGUCUGCAGAGCCACGGCUGUCUUCGUGGUGAACAACGGCAUUCACCGCAAAGGAAGGAGGAAGAGCAGGUCUGCGAUGCAGGAGACGGCAGCGCUCAGAAACUGUCGCUGGAGGCAGCCGGAGGUGGAAACUGUCCCUCGAAACCCCAGAUGCCUACAGAGGACGUCACCAUGGCUCCUCUGGUCAUUCCCGUCUCGGUACCGGUGAUGGCUGCGAAAUCGCAAGCAGGGAGCAAGGUUACUGAAAAGGAAAGCCCGGAUGGGAAGGACCUCAAAGAAAGCUUGCACCAAACAAAGCGGAAGAGGCAGAUGCGGCCAAAACGGCUCUAUAUCCCCCCUCCGCCGGCCCCUGAAGCCCAGCCGGGGAUGGGAGGGUGUUACCAGAGUCACCUGCGUUCCCCCAUGUUCCUGGUGGACCAUCUGCUGAGGGACUUGUUCCAGUGCUCUCCUUACACGCCACCUCCGAUGCUCAGCCCCGUGCGGGAAGGAUCAGGCCUCUAUUUCAGCACUCUCCGCUCUUCCCCUGCUAGCGGUGAUCCCAACCAGCUCUUCGGUGCUGUAUUAGGUAAAACGGACAAGGACUUUGGAUUUUGCCUGCUGAACGAUGACACCAAAAUCCACAUUCAGCCGCACAUCAAUGUUGGGAGUAACUUUCAGGCAGAGUUGCCAGACCUCCAGGAUAGAUCCCAUGUGGACAAGGAUGAACAGACAGAGACACUGGUGUGGAAGCCCUGGGGAGACAUCGAAACUAACCCGGCAACACAGGACAGAGUAACAGAACUGCUCAACAUGGCUUGCUCCAGCGUCAUGCCGGGCGGCGGAAUGAACAGAGAGCUAGCCUUGCAUUGUCUGCAUGAGGCGCAAGGCAACGUUAUGAAGGCUCUGGAGAUGCUGCUUUCUGGGUGGCCGCAGAAAUCCGAAUCCCAUCCUCUGGCGGAUUAUCAUUACACAGGCUCAGACACUUGGACGCCUCUCGAGAAGCAGUUGUUUGAAAAGGCUAUUAGCGUGCACAAGAAGGAUUUUAACCUGAUACAGAAGGAGGUUCAGACUAAGAGUGUGUCCCAGUGUGUUGAAUAUUACUAUAUCUGGAAGAAAAAAAUUAAAUUUGACUGGCGUGAAGCUCCAGUAAAAGGAAAAAAGGUCAAGAGAGGCAAGAAUAAGGUGGAAAAGGCUGAAGAAAAGACCACCUGCAGCCCAAAGAAGCAGCCCCGUCUUCCACCUAAGGGAAGCAGGAGGAGAAGGAGAAAGCAGAGGGGUUACAAAAAGACGCCCCGCAGCGCAGGCGGUCCGUCCUGCAAGCCCAGCGUGCCUUCCUGCCAGGCUGGAAGUGCGGGUGAUCAGAGUGUGUUUCCCUGUAAAGACUGCGAAAGGGUGUUUGAGAAGGUAAAAGGUAGGAACGUUCACAUGAAACGCCGUCACCCGCAGGAGCCGAUGGAGCCUCUCAUGCCCUUGAAGCAUUUGAAAAGUGAGGCAAAGACGGAAGAAACCCAGAUGCCGACCACCAGCAACUGGGAAAGUGCGAUUUCAAACUAG